CAGUGUUGUAGUUUUGCUGCUGGACUCUUCCCUCCCUCCCCCCACCCCAUCAGGAUGAUAUGAGACUUGAAAGAAGACGAUGCAUACAGGAGGAGAGACUUCAGCAUGCAAACCUUCAUCUGUUCGGCUUGCACCGUCAUUUUCAUUCCAUGCUGCUGGCCUUCAGAUGGCUGGACAGAUGCCCCAUUCACAUCAAUACAGUGACCGUCGCCAGCCAAACAUAAGUGACCAACAGGUUUCUGCCUUACCUUAUUCUGACCAGAUUCAGCAACCUCUAACUAACCAGGUGAUGCCUGAUAUUGUCAUGUUACAGAGGCGGAUGCCCCAAACCUUCCGUGAUCCAGCGACCGCUCCCCUGAGAAAACUUUCUGUUGACUUGAUCAAAACAUAUAAGCAUAUUAAUGAGGUUUACUAUGCAAAAAAGAAGCGAAGACACCAACAGGGUCAGGGAGACGAUUCUAGUCAUAAGAAGGAGCGGAAGGUUUAUAAUGAUGGUUAUGAUGACGAUAACUAUGAUUAUAUAGUAAAAAACGGAGAGAAGUGGAUGGAUCGUUAUGAAAUUGACUCCUUGAUAGGCAAAGGUUCUUUUGGACAGGUUGUAAAAGCAUAUGAUCGUGUGGAACAAGAAUGGGUUGCAAUUAAAAUAAUAAAGAACAAGAAGGCUUUUCUAAAUCAAGCCCAGAUAGAAGUGCGACUUCUUGAGCUCAUGAACAAACACGACACUGAAAUGAAAUACUACAUAGUGCAUUUGAAACGCCACUUUAUGUUUCGAAACCAUCUCUGUUUAGUAUUUGAAAUGCUGUCCUACAACCUCUAUGACUUGUUGAGGAACACCAAUUUUCGAGGUGUCUCUUUGAACCUAACACGAAAGUUUGCACAACAAAUGUGCACUGCACUGCUGUUCCUUGCGACUCCAGAACUUAGUAUCAUUCACUGUGACCUAAAACCUGAGAAUAUCCUUCUUUGUAACCCUAAACGCAGUGCAAUCAAGAUUGUUGAUUUUGGCAGUUCUUGUCAGUUGGGGCAGAGGAUAUACCAGUAUAUUCAGAGUCGCUUUUAUCGGUCUCCAGAGGUGCUACUGGGAAUGCCUUAUGACCUUGCUAUUGACAUGUGGUCCCUCGGGUGUAUUUUGGUUGAAAUGCACACUGGAGAACCCUUGUUCAGUGGUGCCAAUGAGGUGGAUCAGAUGAAUAAAAUAGUUGAAGUUCUGGGUAUUCCACCUGCUCAUAUUCUUGACCAAGCACCAAAAGCAAGAAAAUUCUUUGAGAAAUUGCCAGAUGGCACUUGGAACUUAAAGAAGACCAAAGAUGGAAAACGGGAGUACAAACCACCAGCCACUCGUAAACUUCACAAUAUCCUUGGAGUAGAAACAGGAGGACCUGGUGGGCGCCGUGCUGGGGAAUCGGGUCAUACUGUAGCUGACUACUUGAAGUUUAAAGACCUCAUUUUAAGGAUGCUUGAUUAUGACCCCAAAACUCGAAUCCAACCGUAUUAUGCACUGCAGCAUAGUUUUUUCAAGAAAACAGCUGAUGAAGGUACAAAUACAAGUAAUAGUGUAUCCACAAGUCCAGCAAUGGAGCAGUCACAAUCUUCAGGCACCACCUCUAGUACAUCUUCAAGCUCAGGUGGAUCAUCGGGGACAAGCAACAGUGGGAGAGCAAGGUCGGACCCAACGCACCAGCACCGGCACAGUGGGGGACACUUCACGGCCGCUGUCCAGGCGAUGGACUGUGAGACGCACAGCCCCCAGGUGCGUCAGCAAUUCCCUGCUCCUCUUGGUUGGUCAGGCACUGAAGCUCCUACACAAGUCACUGUUGAAACUCAUCCUGUUCAAGAAACAACCUUUCAUGUAGCCCCUCAACAGAAUGCAUUGCAUCAUCACCAUGGAAAUAGUUCCCAUCACCAUCAUCACCACCACCACCACCACCACCACCAUGGACAACAAGCUUUGGGUAACCGGACCAGGCCAAGGGUCUACAAUUCUCCAACAAAUAGCUCCUCUACCCAGGAUUCUAUGGAGGUUGGCCAUAGUCACCACUCCAUGACAUCCCUGUCUUCCUCAACUACUUCUUCCUCCACAUCUUCCUCCUCUACUGGUAAUCAAGGCAAUCAGGCCUACCAGAAUCGCCCAGUGGCUGCUAAUACCUUGGACUUUGGACAGAAUGGAGCUAUGGACGUUAAUUUAACCGUCUACUCCAAUCCUCGCCAAGAGACUGGCAUAGCUGGACAUCCAACGUACCAAUUUUCUGCUAAUACAGGUCCUGCACAUUACAUGACUGAAGGACAUCUGACAAUGAGGCAAGGAAUUGAUAGAGAAGAAUCUCCCAUGACAGGAGUUUGUGUUCAACAAAGUCCUGUAGCUAGCUCGUGACUAAAUUGAAACUUGAGUUUGUUUCUUGUGUGUUUUUAUAGAAGUGGUGUUUUUU